UGCCCCAGCCUCUCCGCCUCAGCGCCCCGCCGUCAGACAGACACCGAGCCGCUCACCGUCCUGCUCCUGCCGCCGCUGCUGCCGCUGAGCGGAGUCUGCUCCUCCAUCUGAGUCCCGGCCUCUUUUCUUCCACUUGCGUGGGUUGCUCCAAGGACCGGCCUUCGAGUUUUUUUUAUUUUAUUUUAUUUUAUUUAUUUUUACUACGUGGUUGGAGGACAUUAUUAUUUUGUCCACUCCUGCUGUCCUUCAAGUGAAAUGGAGAAAAUGGCCAGACCUCUUCCUUUAAACCCAACUUUCCUGCCGCCGACCCACGGCGUCCUGAAAUCCCUGCUGGAAAACCCGCUCAAGCUGCCGUUUCACCGCGAUGAAGGGUUUGGGAAGGAGGAGAAGAAGGAGAAGAAGCUGGAUGAUGAGAGCAGCGCCGCCAGCCACCCGCAGUCGGCCUUCCUCGGCCCCACCCUGUGGGACAAGACCCUGCCCUACGAUGGCGACAACUUCCAGCUGGAGUACAUGGACCUGGAGGAGUUCCUGUCUGAAAACGGCAUCCCUGCCAACACGGCGCAGGGCGAGCAGGCCCCGCCGGCGGCGCAGCCGUCUCAGGCCCCGCUGCAGCAGGUGCCCCCACCGGUGCCGCCCACACCCUCGGUGGUGGACCUCAGCAGCCGCGCCUCCGUGUCGGUCCACGCGGCCCUGCCGCCUCAGACCUGCCGGCACAGCCCCUCCACCGCAGCGCUGCCUUCUGCCAGAGACACCCCCAGUCCCAUCGAUCCCGAGUCCAUCCAGGUCCCGGUGACCUACGAGCCCGACCCGGCAGACCUGGCCCUGUCCAGCGUUCCUGGUCAGGAAAUGUUCGACCCGAGGAAACGCAAGUUCUCUGCGGAGGAGCUGAAGCCACAGCCGAUGAUCAAGAAAGCCAGAAAGGUCUUCAUCCCUGAGGACCUGAAGGUGAGAGAAAGUUCUCCAUCGGGUCGGUUCUCAGGUUGAAUUAGUAAAUUAACA